AUGGAUAUCUCUGAGCCAUACGACAUAAAUUUCUGCUUUCCAGUACCCGCAUCACUUGAGAACGAUAGAGUUCGAUUGACUCCAUUUAUACCCUCAUUGCAUGGGCAAGUUGUAUAUGAUCAACUACUACUCGCCCCUCAUUUAUUUGAUCACCCAUUAUUAUUUGGACCAUACAAAGACAUCGACGACUUUCUCACAAAUCUGGUCGAGAAUCGAUUCCGUCAAAACCCACAAUUGCUCUUGUUGGUGAUAUUCGAUAAAACUGGACACUCUCAGUUAUCGAAUUAUGAUUGCAGCGCAGGUGCAUUAGCAGGCCUCAUGGGGUUCAGAGUGAACAAAGACACUGUACCAAAUCGAGCACCAGAGGUAGAACUACAUGUGAUUAUUUUACCUCCCUUCCAGCGUACGCAUGUCAUGUCAAACGCCGUCGGACUCAGUCUCAACUUCCUACUUAACACACCUACCCCAUCAUACCCAAAUGCACUGGGCCUCCGUCGCGUUGUUUGGCACACAAGUACGGCGAAUGAGGCGAGCAUUCGAGACGCGGAGCGAAUGGGUUUCACCGUGGAGUGUGUGAUGAGGUGGCAAAGCGUGCUACCUUUGGGAAUACCUGGAAGUGGCGUCUUACCCAGAGAGGGUGAUCCGAUGAAGGAGAAUCUUGGGAGAGAUACAGUAGCGUUGAGCCUGUGCUGGGAUGAAUGGGAGGGAGGGGUCAGGGACAAGGUCACGCAAAUAAUGAAUAGGGUGGCUUGA